UCAGUUGCGGUCUAGCGCUGGUUAGGGGAAGUUGUGUGUGAGCGAAUGUAGUUAAAUCUAAACUGUCAAGUAUACAACGGACAAUUUAUUAAAGAUGGUGGCAACUAUGUGGACAGUCGUAUCGUUCUCUUUUUCUCUUCUUAUAACCCCAUUUCUGAUGGUUCUAUUAGGAAUAAUAUUUCUGGCCUCAAUCGGAAAAUCUCUUGGAGUUAGAAGACUUUACGUCAAUCUGUUGUUGAAGAUUUUCGAGCUUUCAGAGCAUCCAGGUUUCACUAGCAUAAUGUGCAGCAGUCCGAACACGAAUUUUAAGAACACUCUUACUUAUUUUGAGUAUGGACGUCAACAUAUAGAAAUAGCACAGAAAGACCGCCAGGUGAGCAGAGAUAACUCAGAUGAUGAAGAAGAGGAGGAAGAAAAAGAACAAAAAGAUGUUUUAGAGGUUAAAGAAAACUGCAAUAAUGUGUGCAAUAAAACACCAGAAAAGAAAAUGAAUGGGGUGAUAAGCAAUAAUUUGAUUAGCAGAGAAGAUCUCAUCCUCGCGCCAGAUCCUGUACAGAACUACAAAGGCAAUAACAAACAGGAAGAGACAUCCACUGCUCCUCCUGAUCUCAUUCGAAGGAGAUCAUUUGAGACGCUGAAGAGGGAAUUUCAGCUUUCAGAUCUCCUUGACUAUGUCAAGGCUGGAGUUGAAGCAAUAAUAGAAGAUGAAGUUACACACAGAUUUGAAGCAGAAGAACUCAAGUCCUGGAAUCUUUUGACACGUACAAAUCAAUACUAUGAAUUCAUCAGCUGGAGACUUACUGUUAUUUGGAUGGCAGGAUUCUUUGUCCGCUACUUCUUUCUGCUGCCUCUACGUGUAAUGAUUUGUUUCAUAGGGGUUAUGUGGUUGACAGCUUGUACAGCUGUUGUGGGCUAUGUUCCUGAGGGUCCAUUCAAGCGUUGGCUCAACCAUCGUGUUUCCAUAAUGUGCUUUGGUGUUUUGUCCAGUGCUCUGUCAUCUGUGAUUACCUACCACAAUCCAGAAAACAGACCUAAGAGUGGAAUAUGUGUAGCAAAUCACACGUCUCCAAUUGAUGUCCUCGUCCUAGCUUGUGAUAACUGCUAUGCCUUGAUUGGUCAGAGGCAUGGUGGUUUCUUAGGACUCCUCCAGCGAGCUUUAGCGAGAGCGUCCCCUCACAUAUGGUUUGAACGUUCUGAAGUAAAGGACAGAGAAGCAGUUGCAAGAAGGCUUCGUGAGCAUGUGUCUGAUCCUAACAACCCACCAAUUCUCAUUUUCCCUGAAGGAACUUGCAUUAACAAUACAUCAGUUAUGCAGUUCAAGAAAGGAAGCUUUGAAGUUGGAGGUGUCAUUUAUCCUGUAGCCAUAAAGUAUGAUCCAAAAUUUGGUGAUGCAUUUUGGAACAGCAGUCGUUAUUCAAUGAUGCAAUACUUGUACAUGAUGAUGACAAGUUGGGCCAUUGUUUGUGAUGUAUGGUAUCUGCCACCUAUGUACCAGCAAGAAGGAGAGACAGCUAUAGACUUUGCAAACAGGGUGAAAGGCGUUAUUGCCAGGCAAGGUGGACUGGUAGAUCUGAUGUGGGAUGGGCAACUGAAGCGCAUGAAACCAAAGAAAGAGUGGAAAGAGAACCAGCAAAAAGAAUUUAGCAAGAGACUGAAACUGGAAUGAGGUUUAACUACAGUGAAACAUUUCCAUCAUUUUAUUGUUUUGAAAAAGUGGUCCCUGUGAUUUGCAGUCUUUUAAUUCUGGAUUAUUUUAUAUGGUUAUUGUUGUCUUUAUCUUUGAUAACAAGAAUGGCUGUGCAAACUAAUUUUGGUAGUACAGCUCUGUUUACAGAAAUGCUUUUUAUGCAAGUAUUUCUUAUGUUUACAUCCAGAAUUCAGUGGACUGACUAUUUUGUAUGGUGAUUACACAUUUUAUGUCAAUUUGUGUUUGACAAGACAGGAUGAGAGUUAUAAAGUAUGAGCAAUUACAUAUGUUCCUGACAUGAUGAGUUGUGUUGUGUCUGCAUUAUCAUUUCUGGGGAUAUUCAUCCAGAAACUGGACAUGCAUAUCAUCUGAAUGCAUGUAGCCAUCCUCACCAAAGAAUUCACUGUAUAAAAUUCAUUGAUCAUUUUUUUUAGUUUCAUUGAUAGUUGUGUAUUUGUAAUUAAACGUGUUUGUGUCAACUGUAGCCAUUAUAGCAUCAUAAUUUGUGGCACACAUUCCAUGUAUGCAUUUUCAUUUUGUUCUGUUUACAUCACAGUUUGUAUGACUUGUAAAUUGUGUAAAUGUUAAGCAGUAAAACUUGUGCUGGUGUGAUAGAACCUAUUUUGUAUAGACCGUACCAACAUUUUUAAUGUGCUUUUUAAUUAAUAAACUCACUGUGAUAACUGAAAAGCAACAAAAUUACUCCUGUGGAAUCUUGCAGAAGUGCCAUGGUAGAAGUAAGGUAUCAUUGAGCUUCAGAUAUAUCAAAAUUGAGUGGAAACAACCAAGUGAGUUAACUCAGAUGGCAUUCAUUUUCAUUUAUACAGUUUUGAUUAUUCAGGACCCAGAAAUUCAUUCUUAAACAAUUCCAAGAACUUGCUAUCAUGUUCAGAUAAGACUGCUGGAUGGCGUGACUGAGACAAGGAAAUAUGAGGCUGUGUAGAGUUUUUAUGAUAUUAAAGGAGGGAAUAAGUGAAGAUGCCUAGUAAAAUGGGUGUGAACACACUUUGUAACUUGUAUAUAGGCACUAGGUAAUUUUAUAACUUGUUUUGAUGCAAUAAUGUCUUGAAUACAUUUCACUUAAUGUUUUUUUUAUAUUUAUUGUGGCAAGGAAAAUAAGAGGGUUAAGCAAGAUUAUGGCACAAAGUAUUCCAUUACAUAUUUUGAAUAACUUUAUCUAAGAAAUGUUGUGUUCAACUGUGACUUUCCUGAUAGCUUACUGUGAAG